GAGAAUUAAUGCGGCAGAAAGUGACAAUUUUUUGGUCUGGACCAUCUUUUGAUAUGAAGCCAAAGUCGGCAAGAGAGAUAUUACAAUGUCUAACAAAACAUAAUAUGUACGUUGUCACCUCAUCAUACUAGCAUACACCAUCUACCCACAAGCUUCACAUGUGAGAAUUAAUGUCCAAAAGUCUGAGAAUCUGAUAUCUAUAUCAGAAAGAUAGUCCUUUUAAUAUAUCUCAUAGAACGGUCACAGUAAAGAAAAAAAAUUGGAGGCUAAGCAGAUUUUUUUUUAAGUUGUUCUUGUAGGUUUUCGAAAUGGAGGAGAGGAGAAGGGUAGUUUUGGUUCCAGCACCAGCUCAAGGACAUAUAACUCCAAUGAUGCAACUUGCAAAAACCCUUCACUUGAAGGGUUUCUCAAUCACAGUUGUUCAGACCAAGUUCAAUCACUUAAGCCCUUCAGAUGACUUCACUGAUUUUCAGUUUGUCACUAUUCCAGAAAGUUUACCAGAGUCUGCUUUUAAGGAUUUCGGGCCAAUAGAGUUUCUGCAUAAGCUUAACAAAGAGUGUGAGGUAAGCUUCAAGGAAUGCUUGAGUCAGUUUCUGCUGCAACAAAGUAAUGAGAUCUCAUGCGUCAUCUACGAUGAGUUCAUGUACUUUGCUGAAGCUGCAGCCAAAGAGUUUAAGCUUCCAAACGUUAUUCUCAGCACAACUAGUGCCACAGCUUUUGUUUGCCGCUCUGUAUUCGACAAACUCUAUGAAAAAAAUGUCCUGGCUCCCUUGGAUGAACCUAAAGGAAAAGAAAACGAGCUAGUGCCAGAGUUUCAUCCCCUGAGAUACAAAGACUUUCCGGUUUCACGAUUUGCAUCACUAGAAAGCACAAUGGAGCUGUACAGGAAUACAGUUGACAAACGGACAGCAUCCUCUGUGAUAAUCAACACAGCGAGCUGUCUAGAGAGCUCAUCUCUUUCUUUGCUGCAACAACAGCUUAAAAUUCCAGUGUAUCCUAUAGGCCCUCUUCACAUGGUGGCCUCAGCUUCUACGAGUCUACUGGAAGAGAACAAGAGCUGUAUCGAAUGGUUGAACAAACAAAAAAAAAAUUCUGUGAUAUUUGUAAGCAUGGGAAGCGUAGCUUUGAUGGAAAUCAAAGAGGUGAUGGAAACUGCUUUGGGGUUGGAUAGUAGCAACCAACAGUUCUUGUGGGUGAUUCGUCCAGGGUCAGUACGUGGUUCGGAAUGGAUAGAGUACUUGCCUAAGGAGUUUAGUAAUAUAAUUAUGGGUCGAGGUUACAUUGUUAAAUGGGCUCCGCAGAAGCAAGUACUUUCUCAUCCUGCAGUAGGAGGGUUUUGGAGCCAUUGUGGAUGGAACUCGACGCUAGAGAGCAUCGGGGAAGGAGUUCCUAUGAUCUGCAAGCCGUUUUCCACUGAUCAAAAGGUGAAUGCGAGGUACUUGGAGUGUGUUUGGAAAAUUGGGAUUCAAGUAGAGGGUGAUCUAGACAGAAGAGCGGUUGAGAGAGCGGUGAAGAGGUUAAUGGUGGAAGAAGAAGGAGAGGAGAUGAGGAAGAGAGCUGUCAGUUUGAAACAGCAGCUUAGAGCCUCUGUUAAAAGUGGAGGUUCUUCACAUAACUCGCUAGAGAAGUUUGUACACUUCAUGAGGACUCUGUGAAGAAUGUUUUCUCUACUAAACACCCAAAGCAUCAAGAUUCCUUUUUAACUGAAUGAUUGAUUACUAAGUGAUGCUAAAAUGUAUUCGGAUAAUAACUGACUGAAAAGUCAUGGAGGCCAUUUUUAAACAAAACACAUUUCAUUUC